ACGUAAGAUCAACUGUCAUAUCGACAUUCUAUUAAGUAGAGGUCUUUGUAGCCAACGAUUUCGAUAAAAGCUCAAGUUGAUACUGGACAUACGCAUUAGCUUUUACUAUUUACACAUACACAUUACACACAUUCAAAAGACAAUACACAGGGUGGGGAUUAUUAUAAAAAGUGAUAAAAAAGUCAAAGUUGUCAAAGACCAUCAGUAAAAAUUUAUUUCUACAUUUUCAGUAUGUAGCAUGAAAUUUUUUGUUUUGUCUCCAUAUUUCAAUCAGUUUAAAAAACAUUAAAACAAAAAUUAAUGCAGUCUAAACCAACAAACAAAUUGAUUAUAAAAUAUAUAUGAAUUAGUGUAAAGUAAAAUUAUUUAUAGCGUGAAAAUACUUAAUUUUAUUGUGAUAUUAAAAUAAAACUUAAGUAUAAAAAAAUAAUAGUUAUGUUUUUGACAAGAAUUUGUUAAAAUUGAAUAAUACGUGUUGGUCAACAGAUAAUCAACCCUGGGAAUGUUGAGAGAUUCUUUAUUUAUUCGUGCAUCAUGUCAAGAGGGAAGUGGUUACUUGAAGCGAGCCAAUCCAGAACGUCUUCACGAAAUCUUCAAUCAGUAUGCAACUCAAGAAAAAGAUGGAGAACGUUUUAUGACCCCCGCUGAUUUUGUACGAAGUUAUCUGGGUUUAUACACAAACGCUGAUUACAAUCCUGAUUCCGUUAACCUGCUUGCAGGAAUUGUUGAUACCAGCAAAGAUGGGCUCAUAUCUUUUGCUGAAUUUCAAGCAUUUGAAGGACUUCUGUGUGUGCCAGAUGCUCUUUAUAAAACAGCCUUUCAACUUUUUGACACUAAUGGAAAUGGAAUGGUUGCAUUUGAGGAAUUUGCUGAGGUAAUGAGAAAGACAGAACUUCAUCAAAGAUUACCAUUUGACAUGAAUGGUAGUUUUAUCAAAUUAUAUUUUGGAAAAGACAAAAAAAGACUAAUAACUUAUGGUGAAUUCAGUCAAUUUUUGCAUGAUUUUCACGAAGAAUAUGCAACAGAAGCGUUCAAAAAGUUCGAUAAAAAUGGUGAUGGUUUUAUCACAGCCGCUGAUUUUCAAGACAUAAUGUUAAAUAUUAAAAGCCACUUGUUAACAAAAGAAGUCCAAAAAAAUUUAAUUGCAGCAGUAAGUACAGGUCAAGGAGGAAGAAAUGUUAGUUUUCCUUAUUUCAUGGCGUUUAAUUCUCUACUCAACAAUAUGGAGUUGAUUAAACGAAUUUAUUUGAAUGCAACUGGUGAUCAUCGGUACCAAGAAGUGACCAAAGAAGAAUUUCUUCAUUCAGCUCAGAUGAUGUCACAAAUAACACCUCUUGAAGUUGAUAUUUUGUAUCAUCUUUGUGAUUUACUUCAUCAAACAAGUAAAAUUAUUUAUAAUGAUUUAACAGCAAUAACUCCAGAGCAAUAUUUCAAACAUAUUACAAAACGUCUUGCUGAAAUAAAAGCUGUAUCAAGUCCUGAAGAACGUGGAAUUGUAACACAAAUACUGGAAAGCAGUUAUCGGUUUGUUCUUGGAUCAAUUGGUGGUGCUGUUGGUGCAACUGUUGUAUAUCCGAUUGAUCUUGUUAAAACACGUAUGCAAAAUCAACGAACAGGAUCAUUUAUUGGUGAACUUAUGUACAAAAAUAGUUUCGAUUGUUGUAAAAAGGUACUAAGACACGAAGGUUUUUCGGGUCUUUAUCGAGGACUAGUGCCACAAUUGAUGGGUGUUGCUCCAGAAAAAGCCAUUAAACUUACUGUUAAUGAUUUUGUACGUGAUAAAUUCAUGGACAAAAAUGGUAAUUUGCCGUUAACCGGAGAAAUAUUAUCUGGUGCAUGUGCUGGAGGAUCACAAGUUAUAUUUACGAAUCCACUCGAAAUCGUUAAAAUUCGUCUUCAAGUUGCUGGAGAAAUCGCUGGAGGCCAAAAAGUUCGUGCAUGGACUGUUGUCAAAGAAUUAGGACUUUUUGGUCUUUACAAAGGAGCUAGAGCCUGUUUGUUACGUGAUGUACCAUUUAGUGCUAUAUACUUUCCAAUGUAUGCUCAUACUAAAAGUAAAUUAGCCGACGAAGGUGGCUACAAUACACCAUUAUCAUUGUUAAUGGCUGGAGCAAUUGCUGGGGUGCCGGCUGCUGCUCUUGUUACACCAGCUGAUGUCAUCAAAACACGAUUACAAGUUGUUGCUAGAGAGGGACAAACAACUUACAAUGGAUUGACUGAUUGUGCUAGGAAAAUAUGGAAAGAAGAAGGUGUUAGAGCAUUCUGGAAAGGAGCAACAGCUCGAGUGUUUAGAUCUUCUCCACAAUUUGGAGUUACAUUAUUCACGUACGAGCUUCUUCAGAGGCUGUUUGUCGUUGAUUUUGGUGGCUCACGACCAGCUGGAUCAGACCUAAAAGUACCAGCAAUGGGUGUUGCGGAUGAGAUAAAAUCAACAAAUCGUGACCAUAUUGGAGGCUAUGAAGUUGCCCUGCCAAUUUUGACCGGAAUUGAAACUAAGUUUGGACUUUGUUUACCAAGGUUCCAGGCGGCACCAAGAUCGCAACCAACCAAAUAAUUUAAUUAUUUAUAAAAAAAAACAUUAGAAUUUUAAGAAUACCAAUCUACACAAAAUUACAAAUAUAGAAACAAAUUUAAUAAAAAAAUAAAAGUGUUAAAUUUCACUACCUAAAGAAUACCAAUAAAAAUCUGAAAAAAAAUAGAAUAUAUAUUUAUAUAGCUACGAUGAUCAGGUUUGUAUAGAUGUAUUACUGCAAGGUAUAUAUAUAUAUGUAUAUUAAUUUAAUCGAUUGAUCGUUAUAUCGAAAUAAAAGCUGCUUUGAAUACAAACUAAUUUAUCGUCCCCAUAUUUAUAUAAUUUUUUUGUUGAAAUACAUUGUCAUGUGAAGCGAACAUAUUUUAAAUAUUAUGUAUUUAACUGCGCAGCAGAAUUAAUUAUUAUUAAAAGAAGUGAUAGGAUUUUUGUUUUGUUUUAUUUUUUACAUUGACAAAUAAGUUUCAGAAUACAGAGUGGCGGAGUUUAAAUAAAAACAAAGUAAAAAACCGCGCGAUUUUAAUAUGUUACUAUUAUGCGCAUAAUACUGUGAUAAAAUUAAGUCAGUGGUAACUAAUAUUAAAAACAAUAAAAUCACUAUAAUAACCAGUAGUUUGGUAAAUCAAAAAAAAUAUAUCUUUAGCUAUCAUUCAAAAGUUAUCAGCUUUAACAAAUAUUAGCUUUAUCAUGAUAUUUGCAGAAAAAAACUCAACCGCAGUGAUCUAAGUAAAAAUAAUAUCAUUAGAUUAAAUACAACUUGUGAACGCCACUGCUAAGCAGAUUAUAUUGUAGAAUUUGAAUAAAAUUAUCUUUAAUAAAAUUGGUAUUAAGGUUGUUUUUAAAUCGCAUGACCGGGCGACGUUUUGGGUUCACAAGGGUACUUACAAACGCAUAUUAAAUAAAAAAAUUAUAGCGCCCCCUCAUGCCUAAAAUCUUUUUACUUUACUGAUGCGUCAUAAGUAGUGUGAGUGUUGCCGGCUUAUAUUUACAGACACUAAUACUACUCUAGCAAUAAACAUUCAGGGGGAAGUUCCAAAACCGGAGAUUUCUUGUAAGAGAAGGAUAGAAGAAGAGAUAGAAGAUUGAGCCAAAAGAGAUAGAGAGAAGGAUAGAGCUAGAAGAAUAAAACCGAACGACGGUAUUGGAACUUACCCCAAAUUUUCAAUGUAAUUCAGCCGGCUGAAACCCGUAAAUUUAAAAAGUAAUUAGCCAAUAUCUUUUAAACGGCACUGAGGAAAUGGAUAAUUUUUUUUUCAUUGAUUUCGUAUUUGUAAAGUGUACAAAUCUGUAGAAAAAAAUCAAAAUUUAAAUUAAGAGUUUUAAAAGUACAAGCGCAAACGUACCUAUACUCCCUAUGCUUGCGUGUUAAAGUUGUCAACUUUGACACUAAUUAUCUGGAUUUUGACGCAGAGGAAAAUUACGAAAAAAUUCCACCAAAUAGAUAAUUAUUUCAUUUAAACAUUAAAAAAAAAAAAUCGAAAAUUAAAUUACGGGAAUUUCAUUUAAAAACAACCUUAAUAUAUAUUUAUUUACACUAUUACACAAUUUAUUAUGUAAAAAUUAAAAAAAAAAAAAUCUCCGUUUGCUCUCUAGAGGAAAUAAGUUAUCAAAUUUUAAUAGAUUUUAAUAAAUUUUAACAAACUUUGUUAGAAUUUGUUGAUAUUUGAAAAUUUUAAUAAUUAUCGACAGAAUCUGUUGAAUUUUAACGAAAAAAAAGUAAAAACUUUUGUUAAAAUUUUCAAUGUCAUAAGUAUUAAAUUAUUAAUAAAAAAUACCAAUUUUUAACUAAUUUUGUUAAAUUUUAAAAACAAUAAAGUAACAAUUUUCGAAACUUCCCUGAUUGAAACGAGUUAACAAGUUUUAAGAGAUUUUGAUAAAUUUUAACAAAAUUUGGUAGAGUUUUUUGAAUUUUAAUUUUUGAAAAUAAAAUAUAUUUAAUCAC